UGUUCUUCCUGUUUUGCUAUUAGAGAACAGCUGGCAAAUUGCAAUUGUAUCAUCAGAAAUUGUUUUCGUUAAUUUUUGUGAUAAAUUUAAGCUAAUCGAAAAUAUAUACAUUGAAAACCAUUUAAGCUUGCUUUUAACGUUGCAAUGAUUCACUUAACAGGGCACAAGUAUAAUGCCCGAGAGAUUAUACAGAAUAUGUUUUCUCCACUAGUGGGUGUGAUUUGCAGUCCACUAGCCAACGAAGUUUGUGGCCGCAACAACUUGUCCUUCGUGGAAAUGUUGCAACCAUUUUCAAAAUUGUUAAAUGACGCUCAAUUUCGUGACGUGUCGGAUACAAGUGUUUCAAUUAAAGGCUUACGAUUGAAUUUCUGCGAUGUUGAUUGGCGUCCGCCGCAGACGGUACUGGCGCGUAAAAUGCUCAAUGAAGCAGUAACAAAUGCGCAUAAUGACGAAACGAAAUCAGUAAUCAUAGGAGAUUUGAAAUUAAAGUUACCAACUUCAGAGCCGUGGUUCGAGCAAUGGCGAGAAACCUUCUUAACUGUGCAAUUUCCCGCAGACCAUGAGUUCACUCGCCAUUUUCUUACUUGCCUCAUCGUACUGAGCAGUAGUGAUCCGAACAUUGUGGAGAGUGCACAAAAGCUUACACAACGCGUACAUCAAAUGCAAAGUGUCACACCACAAAAGUUACCCAAGUGGUUCAAUCCCACUAAUGUGCUUAAUAGUUACGUAGUGUUGCAUGAGGGUUCACAAGGAGAUAUAUCUAAAGCUCAACAAGGCUACGAACUUCUAAAGUCUACAUUUGGCGAUAAUAAAUGUUUUUUGGUACAGAUUAACUCAUUAGAUGCUACCGUGCCUGGCGAGGUGCCUGACUAUUGGGCAACUUAUAUAAAACGUCAACCAAGAAAUGAAUUACAAGUGGAUCAAAUAAGUGGCCCCAAAACACCACAAGAUGCUAUGUCCAUGAUCUCAAUGCCAAACAUUCAAAUGCUCAGUGAUGCAAUGUCUACCACCACUACUGACAGCAGUAGUGAUAUAGCCAUUAUACAUCCUUUGAGUCCGGUGCAAGAAAGCGCCACGGAAGCUAUUAGCUCGAAGUUUUCAGUGAGCAGCGAGAGCAUAGCUUCGCAGAAUAUAAACGCUAAUGUAUGGGCAACUGAACCAGACGGCGAUACAACAGGACAUGGUGGCUGUUUGAAUGCUAUGGAUGUUGAGAACUUACGUCAUUUCGUCCAGGAUUAUACGGUACGCGCGUUAAUACCGUACGCCGAGCAGAUGGUGGCUGUACUCGCAGAAGCGAUUACAAACAAAAAAGGUGUUAGCAAGUCCUUGCUAAGUGCCACCAAACGGUUAUUUAGCAGCAAACCGGCUACGAAUGCGACUAAUCAAAACGCUGUCAUCUAUACUCACGAAUCAUCGGAAUUGCAAACGCGAAAACUUGGCGAUCUCUACUUCAUGUUCGGGCAUUAUAACCUAGCUUUUCAGGCCUACCACCAGGCUAAACGUGAUUUCGACGCUGAUUCCGCUUGGCAAUAUUACGCAGGUGCGCUCGAAAUGGCCGCCGUUUCAGCGUUUAUGUUGGGCACAGCCUACCGCAAGACCUUUGAUUACAUGGAGGAAGCCAUUAAAACAUAUCUAAACGUUUGCAAAUUGCAGCAGUUUGCUACGCGCGCCACAUUACUGAGCAUGGAAUGUCUACGCACAUCGCGCAUGUACGGUGAGGCGGCCAAUCAGCUUAUACGAAUGACUAGUGAAGAUGCCGACUUACGUUCGGCUUUGCUUUUGGAGCAAGCGUCAUACUGUUACUUGGCAUCGCAUCCCUCCAUGUAUAGGAAGUAUGCUUUCAACAUUGUGCUCUCGGGCAAUCGCUACUCACGUGCUGGCCAGAGGAAGCACGCUCAUCGCUGCUAUCAGCAAGCGUAUCAAGUGUUCGAGAGUCGCGGCUGGAGUUUGGCUGAAGAUCACAUACAAUAUACAAUGGCUAAGCAAGCUUGCGCUUUAAAGAGACUCGAAGAGGCGAGUAGCUCGUACUCGCAUUUGUUACAUCCAGCCAGUCAACAGAGCGCGCAACAGCAAAUUAUUUUCCUGAAGGAGUACAUACAAAUGCACACGGAACUUAUCAAGCGGAAUUCUGAAUUGGGGCUUCUUGCACUUGCGUUGCCGCAGGUGGCACAAAACUCAGUACGCGUUUUACUUUCCACACCCAGCACUAUGGUUAGCGGACAACACGUAGCCGCCAGCGGUAUUGACAUAAAGUCGAAUUUUGCGGAUGAACCCAUUUGGAAUAAAAUGGAAGAGAUGCUUGUGACAACAGUGGAUCCCAAAAAGGCUUUGGUAUUCAAACCAACACGUUUUCUCUUCUCUAAAGAGUGCCCAGCUAUAGAAAAUCCACUGGCUGUGCAAGGCGAACCGAUUGAGCUAUCCGUAACGGUAUUUAACACUGUCAAGUGUAGUAUUACCUUAAAUGGCAUCGAUUUGCUUUGGCAACUCCAGCUGGAUAAUGGCGAAAUGCUUUCGAAUGAAUCGCUAUACACCCACAAUGAAGAGAGUUCGAGUAAAGCCGCCGUUAGCGCCGCAAUCAAAACCAACUGCGUGCCUUCUGUCGUAUUGGAUGAGCGCUGCGAACACACGAUUCACUUUAAAAUUACACCAAAAUUAACGGGACUUUUGAAUAUAAUUGGCGUCGUGGGUGAGGUGGUACUCACAGCGGAGCCCACUGCCUAUUUGCAAGGCAUGCUGAAAUUCGAAACGCCGCAAAUCAAAGUGAAAGGCAAACAAACCACACAAAUGUUGAUGGAUAAUAAAAUGAGCAUUAAAGUGACACCGGCUGUGCCGGCCAUGUCGGUUAGCUUCACGCACCUACCAACAAACCUAAUAGCGGGUGAGAUACUGCCUGUUGUGGUGAGCCUACGAAACUCUGGCAUUGUGCCGAUCGAGGAUGUUUUCCUUUGCUGUGAUCAACCGCGCUGGCUGACUUUGACAGAUGUAGAUACGGAAGUACCGUUAUCUAUAUUGAAAUCUGUUAAAGACCUCUCCAACGAGAAGCUAUCGAAAGAUCGCGAGCUGCGUCGUCAACGUGUUUUCCGCUUGCUAAAAAAUGGAAACUCUGUUAGUUUGAAACCCCAAGAGUGCACAACUGUGUCGAUGCACAUACAGGCGCCCUACCAGAAGGGCGAUUUUACAUUGCGUCUACUCUUCUUCUAUAGUUUGCCAGAUGGGACUAGUGCGAGCAUUAAAUACCGUCUGGUGCGCCACAAUUGGCAAUUUCAAGUGCAUGAGUGUCUGCAUGCUGCAGUGACAUGUGUGAUAAGCAACACGUUGUCGGGCGAGCUGGGUCUUGACGUUGCUGUUAAAAAUGAGAGUAGCGCGAAAAGUUUUGUUGCAAGCGAUAUGUAUAUAAAUUCCAUUGGAGUAUAUAGUGCCGACCAUAAUAUGAACAGGAAUAAGCUCUACAUUACAAAUCAGAUGGGCAUUUCUACUGGCAGCGAUGGCGCGCGCUUUUUGCCAAUGGGCAAGUCAAUGAAUUUCCAGUGCCGCCUUGAACGCAACAAAACCAAAUCCACUUCGCCACCUGCAAAGUUACUUUACGAACGCGUUUCGUUUGUUAACGUUAUACCCGCUAUUCAUGCUGAUAAAGCACACACACACAUUCCUUCCGUUCACGAAAUGUACGGCUUUUUGGCUAAACAUGAGACUUUAUUCUUCAACACCAACAUCAAUACAGACGAAUUCAACAGCGCUAUAGCGAACACAGAUCCACACACUACAGUAGUAUUAAAUUGGGCGGCACAAGUGAAACUUUGUCAAGACGAGACUCAUCGUUUGGUGGCUGGCCAACACUUCAUACAAUUACGCAAUCUUUAUGAAAGUGCCACAUGUCUAGGCGUGCAAGCAGCACAACACGCUUUUGUCGAUAUUAUAGCAAAACCCCAACAGAUGCGCAGCAUUGCCGAGUUCGCGCUGAAUGACACGGAUGCGCAGCCCUUUGCUGUGUUCGCCGAUGAGCAGCGUUGGGUGGACGAUGAUGAUGACGCUGAGGAGGCUGAUGACAACGCAUCAUUUUGGGAGGUGAACACAGAUUACGUAGGCAAGCGUUGUUUGUUGCUGGAUGAAAGUUUAACACUUGCUGUAAAAGCUUGAAUAUAAAUGUUUUAUCUUAGUUAUUUACUAUAAUUCUUAUUAAAGCAUAGUUUCUAUCAAUGCCACAGUGCAAUAAAUAAUAAAAAAAUAUAUAUAUGUUAUAAAGUAA